AUGCCAUCAACUGCCAAGCAUGUAGUUUUCGACGUGGUCGGCACCUGCGUGUCUUUCGAUGCCUUCUACAGUCGCAUUGAUGCUACGAUCGGCGACAAGCUGCGCCAGCAAACCAUCACGCCCAAGAACUUUGGUUUCACGUGGCAGACAGUUGCGGAGAUUGAAUUCACCUUUCUGUCCAUCUCAGAAAGAUACAAGCAGUAUAAGGAUGUUCUACGAUCCAUGUUCUAUCGGACACUCUGGCUCUCUGGCGUCUCUGAUCCGCGAAGCUUCGCUACUGAUAAUGAGCGAGAACGCUGUAUUGAAGGAUACUCGCUGUUGGAGCUCCGUACUGGCUGUGCCGAGGCCAUUCGGACGCUUCGCGAUGGAGGGUUUAAUGUCUGGUGUUUCACGACGGGCGACCUGACCCGGGUGAGGGGCUACUUUCAGCGUUCGGGUGUGGACAUGCCGCUAGAGAAUUUCGUCUCUUGUGAUACCAAGGGCAUUGCAAAGCCGGCAUUAGCAGCGUAUCGGUCGGUGCUACAGCAGUUUCCGGCAGAAGAUCAAAAGUGGUUUGCUGCUGCGCACAUGUGGGAUGUAUCGGCCGCCGUGAAGGUGGGAUUCACUGGUGCUUACUGUACGGUGUAUGAAAAGGAACCUUGCCAGGAGCUCUUUGACGAGAAGAUCGCUGUUAUGGCGGAUACCUUACCGGAGAUGGCAGAAGGUAUUGUCAAGGCUUCAAAACUCUGA